AUGCUCACAGGAAAGGAAAAGCUGGGAAUCAGACCAAAUCCUGAGAGCCCAUGGAUCAGCCCGAAUCCACUGGAUUUGAGCUUUGGGCCAUCAAACCAGCCGAGCGCUCUUACAAAAAUCCAUCCAUUCAGCCUCCAUAAGAAGCAAUGUAUUGCUAUCGGAUUACGUAUUGCACGUGAACAAGCCAAACUCAAACGUGACGGUAAAGUGAAGGCGAUUCAAGGAAAAAUCAAAACGAUGCCGGGGUUAAGUUUGCAUGAUGAUUCGAACGAUAUUUUGCUUGAACAAUUCUUUGACAAAACACCCAGCUCUGAAGACAAUGAAAAAAGUGAUGAAGAGGCUCAGGUAGUUGCAAGUGGCGAGCAACGCAUUACGUACUUGUUUUCUCCCGAAAAAUGGUCACAAUUGUUGCCCAUCAUUUUCCCACUUGUUCGUGAAUUGUUUGGCAUGGAUUCAUUGGACAUUCGGCAUCGAUUUGACGAAAUGUUUGCCUCACGUCUUUUGCAAGCUGAGCCGAAUGAUACAUCACAAUUGGCAAUCGACGGCAUAGCCGAAGUCGAUCAUGAUGAUGAACUCGAUCCAAGUGAGGACGUAAUGCCAAACGAAGAAUCGCAUGUCGAAGUGGACGAGCCAUACAGAACCUACCGUAACAACAGUGAUACAGUUGACUCACCAACCGAUGAAGGGGUUUCAAAUGAUGGUGACGCAGAAGACAGCGAUACAAGCAAUGAAGAUGGUUCAAAUGAUGGCGACAGCACUGAUUGGGAUGCUCCUGAGCUCGAUAAGGACAUUUUCAAUGCUCGUUGGAAGGAAUUGCUCAAGAAAAAGGAGUGA